AAAUUUAGGCGGGCAUCGGAGCUCCGGGGGAGCCAUUGGCUGAAAGUUUCGGGUCUCGGCGCGGCGGUUGGAGGGGCUUCCUGAGGAGGUUCCCGUGGCCUCCUUGCCAGGUGGGCUGCUCGAAGGAGGCGGCGGCCGCCGCCAGGUGUGCUCUCGCCCAGGUGUGCUCCCCGCGCGCGGCCGGAUGCCCUGCCAGGCCCCUCACCUCAGCGUGAGUGGCGGGCGAGGGUCGUCAGGGGGCAGGCAGGGCCGCUAGAUGCCCGGAGCCGGAGCCCCUCGCAGCCACCUCGGGAAGACCCCUCCCCCCGUCACGCACGCGCUUGGCCCACCCCGCCACCUGUGUUGUAUAACGAACAACCAUUAGUGACAUUGUUAUUACAGAAAGAAGAGGCUGUAGAGUUAAGAAAUUCUGUGACAAUGGAGAAACAGAGUUGUAUUAAAGAAAAUGAUGAAUAUGACGUUAACAGAAGACUGCAGAAAUUGAGAGUGGAACUGGAGGAAUGCUAUAGACAAGAGACUUUAAAAUUAAAAGAUACUUGUAUAAAAGAAGUGAAUAUAAAAUAUAAAAAUGAUAUUGAGCAGAUAAAAAAAGAAUUAAAUGCUGUUGAUUAUGAGGGAAAUGCUCAAAAUUUCAAUAUCGUUGUUAAUUUAAAUAAUAAACUGCAGGCAUUAGAAAUUGAUAGCUUCUUCUGCAAGGAACUUGAAAACUGCAUUGAAGACUUCAUGAGGAAACACUCUGAAAUUGAUUGGAAGUGUCAAACUCUGGUAGAAGAACUUAUGGUGCAGCUUAUCAAUACUGAAGAAAGGGCAAGAGAGUCAAAGCAUGAAAAGGAGAGUUUAAAUCAAGAGAUUGAAAAACUCAUCUCUUUAAAUCAGGAAUUAAAUGACAAACUUCUUCUUGAAACAGAGAAAAACAAAGGUUUACAUUAUAAGUAUGAUCAAGAUAUAUGUUUCUACAACAAGAAGUUAAAAGAGUUACAGCAAGAAACAGCCCAGUUACGAGAGGUAUUGGGGAGGCAGAAGACAAAACUCGAAGAGAUGCAGAGUGCACUGCAUCAAUAUGAAAAUGAAUUAUUGGAUUUGGCUAAUGGGGAAGAAGAUUGUUUGCAUGAUCUCACGGUAGACACUUUGAAAAAUGUGUUGGAAGAUGCAAGGCAGAACCUAAAUAAAAUCCAAGCCCUAAAGGACACAGAAAGUGUUGAGUCUGAUUAUUACUUAAGGGAUCACACAGUGGAACUCGAGCUAGAGGCUGUUACUGGAAACACAGAAAGGCAAGAGCAGUCGAGCCUAUUUAGCAGUCCUGGGCAUUCAGAUCUGAGCAGUUUGCUUGAAGAGACUUUAAAUGGAACGGAAUUCAGUGAAAAAGCUAUGACUUUACUUUGUCCUGGGUUUUGUUCACCAAAGAAAGAAACAGAAAAUCAAAAUGAUGUCAGUGACCAUCUGAUUGACUUGGGGACUGGAGAUUCUGUACCGAUAAAGCGGAGCAAUGAAAAGGGAUUUAUUUUUGACAAGGCUUUUCAGAAAGCUGGAGAAGAAGGAACUGCUGCGAUUACAAGCGUGUGCUUACAAGAACAGGAGGGACACGUCGGUUACAACGAAUCUCUCAGCCAAAAGAUGGAGAAGGAACUGGAACCGGAAAAGAAAAGAAAGCAAGGAGGUAAUAGUGGUUUAGUCAUUUGGGUUCAAGAAUUCAAGUGUGCGAUGCAAGAUUUAACAUCUCGUUCAUGGGAAGAAACGGUGAAGAACCUCCAGCAGGAAAAAGAAAAUUUAAUGGCCCAGUUGAGACUGCAGGAACAGUUAGUAAAAGACGUUCAGGAGCAAAAGACGGCCUCUGAUUCUGUGACCAGUGAAGUACAAUCUCUGUUUGGACGACAGCUGACAGUUUUGCAGAGGCAAAGGGAUCAAAUGCAAGGCCAGAUUGAUACUCAAAUGGCUCGGAAUAAGACCCUUUUUGAACUUCUUGGUCAAAAAGCUAUUUUAGAAAAAUUCUUUCUGAAAGAACAGGAGGAUCUCAAGUCUGAAAUGAGUUUCAAAGAACAAAGUUUGUCAUCCUUACUUAAGGAAAAAUCAGCCUUAGAAGAAAAGCUUUUUACAGUAGAACAGCAUCUGAAGGAAGCAAAAGAGGCUUUGGAGGAAAGCGGUAACAAAGUAGUGGUCCUUGAACAAACUGUUGAUGAGCUUAACAUGAAAAUGAAAAGCAUUCAAGAAUCAAACGUCUCUGAAAGGCUAGCAUUUGACGAGAAACUGAAAGCCAGUCGUUUGGAAUUACAGAAGCUUGGCACUGAAAUAACAUUGAAAGAUAGGGAAUAUGUUCAAAGGGAAAAGGAGUUGAGAGAAGAGGUGGCUUCUUUAAGGAAUGUUCGUUUGGAACUUGAAGCGCGUCUAGAGGAGACCCUGGCGAGUGUGCAGGAGUUGCAGGCUGAGUCCAGGAGGCUUCACAAGGAAGAGCUUAACAGGACCCAGUCUCUUUAUCAGUGCGAGCUUUCGGAUUUGAAGUCUCACCACCAGAAGAUGAUAGAAGAUCUAAAUGCAGAAAUAAAAGAGAACAUGGAAAAGCAGAAGCAGUUGGAAUUAGAUAGGAAAGAACAGAUUGGAAUAAUAAAAAAGCUUCAUGAACGAGAACAUGACCGUGAAGUAGCUGAGCUAGUCCUUCGGCACGAGGAGGAAAUGAAAGUGUUGCACACAAAAUUAAUGGAAGAGCAACAGCGGUUGUUGGAUGAAUUGCAUCAGCAAAUGGAGGCUGCGCAUGAAGAAGACAUGCAAGAAGCAGAGACUCUUCAUAAUCUUAAAGUGGAAGCUUUAAAAUUAAGUUCAAAUAAUUCACACGCCUCUCAGUUGGAGCUCAUCCAGAGCAAUCUGAGGAAGGAAAAGGAAACUGCUCUUGUGGAGCUGCGCGAGAUGCUCAACGACAGGCACGCCCAAGAAGUAGCAGUUCUGCAAAACCGAUGCCAGUUUGAUCUGGAGCACAUUGAAGAACAACAUCUGAAGGAAAAGGAAGAAAUCAUUUCAAAGCAUCAAAGUGACCUAGAUAAAGAGAGGGGAAGAGUAGCAUUGGAAAUGGAGCAGAAGCAUGUCAAAGUGUUAGAGAGUCUUAAAAAAGAAUGGGCAUUGAAUAUAGAAAUCAGUUGUAAAAACAUAUCUGAAGAGUUAUCUGGAAAACAUCAGACUGAGCUGCGUGAGAUGAAACAGACCCAGAAGUCAGAACUUGAAGAAGUAAAAGGAAAUUUGCAGAGUUUGUGCCUUGCAAAAGAACAAGUUGAAAUGAAAUAUAAAAAUCUGGAAAAUCAGUAUCUGGAAAAUCAGCUUGCCAUGACGAAGCUGCAGACCGACCAUGCCCAAGAAUUGCAAGACAUCAAAGAAAAGAGCAAAAAACGUGAAGAAGCAUUACAGCAGGAGAUACAGGAAUGUCACACUGUACUUGAAAAAUUAAAAGUAGAGUCACAAGGUGAAAUCAAGCGACUCUGGUGUCAACUGGACAGUGCACGAGCAAGCCGGCAGGAUCUAAGUGAGUUAAAAGAACAGUUACUGGCUCGCUCAUCACAUGUGGAAGAAAUGGAAAACUUGAAAAAAGAUUUUCAAAUUAAGUGGGAUAGAAAAAGAAACGAACAUGAAAAUGAACUGGAACAAUUAAGACUUUAUUUUGAAGAGAAGUUAAAGGUUCUGGAAGAAAACUACAGAGAAGAAUUAACAAUGCUUAAUCAGCGGAUGCAAGAAGGAAAGGAUGAUACUCUACUGGAGAUUGAGAAUGGCCAAGAUGAACACGUGGACUUGGGCCCGUCUGUCACACUUUUAGAAGAGAUGUCUGAAAAUGAGCGACGGGAUCUCUUUGAACAGCUCACUGUCCAACUGGAGCACCAUAAGGAUGAACUGUCUUGUUUACAGCUGCAUUUGGAUAAAAAACACAAAAGUGAGCUCGAGUUGCUGAGAUCUUCUCUCACUCUCCAAUACCAAGAGACUCUGUUGAAGGUGAAGAGGGACCUCUCUGAUAGAUGCACGUGCGAAAUGGAAGAACUGAACAGAAAACACUGCUUACAUCUCGAACAGCUCCGUGCCAGGCUUUCCGAGGAGCACCUCAGAGAAAUGACUAAAGUUCGCCUGCAGAGUGCUCAAGAUGCCGCUCGUCAAAUAGAAAUGGAGGUAGCUGAACGACUGGCAGCACUGGAAAACGAAUACAAAGUUAAAUGUGGAUUUCUUGCAGCUGAGAGGGAAUCUGUUUCCAUCCAACAAGAAGAAUUAAAAAAACUCAGGAGAGAAAAUUGUAAAUUGAAGGAAAUGAGUGUACAGGAAGAAACCCUUUUGAAAGACAAACUGGAACAGAUUAAAUGUAAACUCAUUGAAGACCAUGUGAAUGAAUUAAGAAAAGCUAGAGAAGAGGUACAUGAACUAGAAGAAAUUCACAAAGCCAAGGCUGAAGAAUGGAAACAGAAAUGGGAGGUCUUGAACAUGAAGAUGGAAGAGAAAUUACUGUUGUACCAAGAGAUUGAAAACCAGGCAGAAUCUGAGAAGCAAGCCUUGCAAAAGCAUUUUGAACUUCGUGAAGCUGAGAUGACUCGCCUUCAAGAGCAGCAGGCCGCUAAACUCACACAGCUGGAGAAAUCCCUGAAGGAGCAGCAGAACAACGUCCGGCAGCUGGAGGAUGCUUCAGCAAAUGCCCAGAAGGCUUUGGCUCAGUAUGACAGUGAACUAAACUCCGCAAAAGCUCUCAUGGCCACAGAGGUGGAAAAAGCGAAAUGUGUUUUCCAAGCAAAAUGCAGCGCUGAACUGGAGGAUGCAGAGAACAGGUUUACAGAAGACAGUAAAGCUAUGACUAAAAUGUUUACUGAAGAACGUGAACUGCUUCUUCAGCAGCUAAGAGAAAAGCAUUUUGGUGAGCUGGAUUCUCGGGAGAAAGAGCUGGAGUAUAAACAUAAGGAACAGAUUUUAUCCCUUACAGCAGAUCUACAGGCGCAGCACCAAGCUGAAAUUGAAACCCUGAAAUCUACGUUAAAAAGGGAACACGAGAUUAAUUUGGAAACAAGGAUCAGUAAUAUGCAAAAAAAAUAUCAAGCCCAAAUGACAGAGAUAGAGAAUAAGCAUCUGUCAAAUUUGGAUACUUUGGAGUCUGCAUAUCUCUCUGAAAUUCAGCUCCUGCGGGACGAGCACAAGCAAGCUGCUGAAAGUUUGCAGGCUGGUUUACAAGAACAGCUACUUAAAACAGAUCAGACAAAUCAGGAGCUCUUAGCGCAACAUCUAGCGAAGAUGGAACAUAAAAAUGCUGAAGAGCUGCAAGUUUGCCAAGAAAAUCUGAAAAUAGAGCUGGCCUCAGCUCACAUAGAAGAACUUAAAAUAAUUUCUGCUGAAAUGGAAGAAGCUCAUAAGGAAGAUUUAAAUGCAGAGCUGGAGAAACAAAGAUGUUUAUUAGAGCACGAUUAUCACAAAACCUUGGAUUUGUUGCGGCAAGAAAUCCUCCUUAUGGAGGAGCAGCAUAAACAGGCCAUGCAGGAGCUGCGGGAGCUGCAUGUUGCAGAGAUUCAGAAGGCAGAAGAACGUGGGCAUCAGCUGCAGAGAGAGCGAGAGCGGCACAACUCAGACAAAAGCCAGUUAGAGGAGAAAAUCAGAUCUUUAAACAAAGAGAAUGAAGAAGCUCAUGCUGAACUGAAGAACCUGCAGCAACGGGACAGUGAGAACCGUGAAAGAGAGUCAUUAAUAGUUUCGUUAAGAUCUGAUAUUGAACUUUCUAAAAAUGAACGCCACAAACUGCAUGGGUGUAAUCAGCAGGCUUUAAGGUUGCUUCUGAUAAUGGUGAAAGCCACAAAAGAGGUAGAAAACCUUAUCUGCAAGAGAACUGGUCUUUGGCUUGAGGACAGCCUGGCAUCUGGAGAUUCAAGAGAGAGUCAUGGUGCAAUUGGAGAAAUGGCACUGUCUCCAAAAAUGAUGUCAAAAUGGGACAUGAAGAAAAGUGAGACAGUUCACCAAGGGCAAGUUCUUGACGAAAUUCUGCCUGAACAAAGCUUUGAGCCUUCAAUGCCUGAUGAAAUAUCUGAAUUGAGUGAGCAUUUAUGUGAAAGUAUUUUUGAAAACCCAGACCUGGUAUUUGAAAAUGAAGAGCGGAUCCAUAAAAUUUCUCAUUCUUUGCAUAUUGCUGUGGAAAAGCUUCUAGAACUGCUUGCAGCUUCAACUAAACAAAAUGAACAAGAAUUGAACCGUAGGAAUUGGGAAGCCUGCCGGGUGGUCAGGAAACACCAUGAGCUCAUGGAGUGCUUGAAUGAAGAGAGUGCAGCAAAGAACCAGCUGGUGUUGGAGCUUCAUAAAGCCAGAGGACUCAGUGAAGGCUGUUUGGCAGAGAAAGACGUCUUGGAAGCAGCCCUGCGUGUGAAAGAGGAGUCUGAGCUCCGUCUCGUUGUAGAAUUGGAGAGCUUGAAAACCCAAUUCCAAGCUUUAACGCAAGAACAUACAAGAUGCACUGAGGAGCAGAAGUUAAUAAUAAGCCAAAAUAAAGCUUUGGCUGCCAAUUUAGGAGAGAGAGAAGUGGACUUAUUGAAGGAAGUUGAACGUCUUUCAAAGGCAAAGUUGGAACUGCAGUGUCAGGCAGAAAAGGACUGCGCCACCUUGAAUGCGCAGCUGAAAAUUUUAGAAAUAGAACUGGAAGAGCAACUGAACAAAAAUCAGAAGGCGGCAAUGAUGUCGUUGGAAGCUGUUGAUUACAAACAACAGAUACAAUCCCUUGAAAGACAGUUGAAGAGUCAACGGGAUUUUAUGGAUAAACAAGCUGUUGAACGAGAGCAUGAACGUGAUGAAUUUCAGGAGGAAAUUCAGAAGCUGGAAAUGCAGUUAAAACAAGCAGAAAAAAACCAGGCAACUGAGCAGUCCAGACUGUUGGUAGAGUCCCUCUAUGAUGAAAUCAAAGAAAGAACGGAUGAUUACAACAAGCUGCUCUUAGCUAGAGAGCAGAUGCAGAAAGAACUUACUGUUCGGAAGGAAGAAAUGGAGAAACUGGCAGCCAGGGUCAGAGCACUGGAGAGCCUGAAUGCGGAAGAGGCCCGGAACGUCCAUCAGCUGACACAAGAAGCACAGAAAAUGAAAAAAAUGGAAGCUGAGUGGAAAGAAGAUCAGGAAGCAUUGCAGCAGCAACAGUACAAUAAUUUGAUUCAGAUUUCUACUCUGCAAUCCAAACUGGAUGAAAUCAGGCACAGAGUGCUUCCAGAAGAGAGUUUGGAUCAUGUAUUACAGGGAGAGUUAAAAGUGCAAGAGGCGCUUUUAACAAAAAAAGCAGAAGUUUCAAACUUGUUAGAGCAACUCAAACAAUUUGAAGAGGAUUUGAUCAAUAAAGAUGAGGAAAUCCUGCACCUGAGUUUAAAGUUUGAAGGGGAGAAAAGCAACUAUGUCUCCAAAAUAAUCCAGCUCCAAGAAGAAAAUGCAUGCCUGAAAGAAAACAUUGAAAAACUUCACCUGGGAGAGAGUCCGGCAGAUAGUGAAUUAGCUCUUCUCCAGUUUCUCAAGACCUUACUUGAAGAAAAGAAUCAAGAAACGGAUCAUUUGAAUAAGCAGAUUGUGCAGCUAGAAGAUGAGCUUGGAAGCUGCCAGGAAAACCAGGUUUUGGAAAAGCAGAAGUUGGAAAUUGAGCACCUGAAAUCAGUUAUAGAACAUCUUCAUGCUGAUGAGGAACAAUUGGUAAGAGAUAAAUCAGACGAAAUAGAACAGCUCCAUGGAAUAAUUGCAACUCUUCAAAAAGAGCUAGAACUUUGUGAACCCUUAAAUGAUGAGCUUGAUGACAGCCAAGACCAUUCUAAUACCCUUGUACUGGAAGAGCAGGGAGAGGAGCUUCAGAACGAAUGGCAAAGCUCAUCACUGGAGAAUCUCGGAAACAGAGGUGGAAACUCCAGCUCUUUCCUCCUUCAGUCCAACCAGGAACAACUUCAAGGACAGCUAGAAAGAGUUUUGGCUGACAAAGAAGCUUUGCAGCAGCUGCUUGAAGAACAAGAAUCAAAGUUUAAAGUGGUGAUAACAAAUCUAGAACAAAAACAGAAGAAUGUUCAAGAGUCUUCUGAACAGUACUUCAAAGAACUGACAGAUUUACAACGACACUAUAAAGAACUACAGGAAGACUACAAGCGUUUGGAAGCGUGCAUGGCACAAAGAAGUACCGAUCUUACUGUUGCUACUUCCUCCAUUCGGGACCUUGAGGGUAAAUUGAGAGGAUGGGAAGCAAAACUUUCAGAACACGACUCGCACCUGCAGACGGUGUCCAAGCAGAAGGCGGAGCGAGCAGCUGAAGUUCUGCGAGAAAAAGAAAAGGUUGAGCAGCUCGAAGAUCAGUCCAAGGGCUUAGUGGAUGCCCUGCGUGACAAAGAGGCCGCCUGUCAUAGUGAGAUUAGUGAACUCAGAGCUGUUGCUGUGGAACUUAAGUCUCGGACUAAGAAGUACACGGAAGAACUGGAAGCACUUAGAGCCGAGAGAGCUCUUUUUCACCAACUGCUGCAGUUUUCCACAGAAGAGGACCAAAAUGAAAUUAAACCCCCUGCAUUGGUGCCAGAAGGCGAUGCCUUGCAGCUUUUCCUAGAAACAGAGGAAGGGGGAGAAAAGGAAGAUCUCCGUGGCAAGCCAGCAGCAUCCAUUAAAGCUUCUUCCAGUGGUGAAUUGGAAAAUGAUGUUCUAGUGACUGAUCUAAAGACCUCCAGCAAAAAUUUUAAUAUUCAGGGCAAACAUCUUGAAGAAAUGCUUUGGACCAAAGAAGCAGAAACAGCAAACAAUGUCAAGGAACAACACAAUUUACAACCACAAACACUGUGGCUUACUCAGACCCCAAAUGAUGGGGUGUGCAGGUUGAACAACGUUUCACAAGACAUGCAGCUCACUCACAAAAUACCAGAAAACUUCCAAAAGAUGAUCAUGGAUGAGACUUUGUGGGACUCCCCUGAGAUGAUGAGAGAACAAGGUAACAGUCUGGAGCUCCCAGCGAGUGUUCAUCUAACGCCCUUCUCCGAAAUGGACGGUGUGCACAGCGUAGGUUUUGGAAGCCUGUGUUCCGAGUCCCCAGUCCUACAAUCAGACUCCUCUGGGUUACUGAGGGGCUUCCAUUCCUAUUCUCAUGACAAUCAAGAAAUAGCGAACAUUCUCCCCUUCCAGUUACCAGCAUUCUCAGGACCUACCUUCUUGGACACCGAAUACAGCAGCGGCCAGGAAAAUAUUUCAGCAAGAGAUGCUGAAAACUUCACUCUGAUGCCAUCUGAAUUGCAAGAUGAUUUAAGAUCAGCGAUGUCCAAGCUUGAGGGGGCAGGUACUGGCUUUGACUGCCGUGCUAAUACAGAUUUAGCACUUCAACGUAAUAAUGAAAUUGCAAAAAUGACAGCGUACCAAGAUGGCAGCAUCACACAGUGUCUUGGAAUGGUUCCAGAUGUCACUGAACCAGCAAUGAAAGACGCAGAAGUGUUUUCGCAGAAGUUAAAGAACAUGCUGAAGAUGGUCUAUGAAGAAAGCUACAAAAUUCUUGAUUUGUCAGAAAAGAACCUGCCUGUUAGGGAAGAAAAAAGUGCUCCGCAGUCUCCGCUGUUGGAGGGGUUGCAAAAAGAGGGCCUCACCUUGCUUGAGGCAGUCCAGUCGCUGAAGUAUCACCUCAACGCACGGCCAGAUAAAGAAGACGAGGAAUAUCCAUCUGCUUUUUUUGACUGGAGAGGAGACCUCCUGCAGGCUGUCCAGGGGGUGCUGGAAAGGGAGCGCACCAUGUUGCAAAGCUACUUGCAGUCACAUUUUUGCAAUUCUGGAUCUGGAGACAAAGGACCUUUGGUAGAAAAGCUGGAGCACAUAGCAGAACAGCAGGAAAGGCAGCAGAAGGUAGUUCUGGAGCAUCUUUUGUCUUCAGACAGAAAUGGCCUGCUCACGGAAAUCCAAGACCUUCAAGCCCAGCUGCGACUGAUGCAUCUUCAAAACCAGGAAAAGCUGCAGCAGCUCCAAGAGAGUCUUAUUAAUGCAGAGAAUCACGGAAGCAAACAAGAGCACCAGCUUCGAAGGCAAGUUGAACUACUCGAAUAUAAACUUCAGCAGGAGAAAUCCAUUGCAAGUGACUUGCAGACCUCUCUAAAAAGUGAGCAAGAAAAGGCCUCUGAGGUGCACAAGCUUCUGAAACAGGAACACGCGGCAGUUAUGAACUUCAGACUGGAUCUCUCUGAAAGCAAGAAAGCAAAUGAGAAGCUUCAAAAGGCUCUGCAGGAUCUCCAAAAGGAUGUCAUCACGUACAGUUCUGCUCUGGAAAGCAAAGAGAAAAGUAUGACUGCUGUCCUUCAAGACUUGCAGAGUGAACGCUUGAAAGAAAAGGAACUACAGGCUACGUUAGAUGAACAACAGCGACAGCAUAAGAUACAAGAGGAUGAAAAUUCAAAAGCAACAGAGGAGCUCCAGGCUGCCUUGGAACUACAAUGUAUUCAAAACAGCCAGUUGUCCGUGGCUUUAGAGCAUGAGCAGACGGCAAACAACAAUCUUCGUAAAGAACUUCAAAUUGAGCAUUCUCGCUGCGAGGCCUUGCUGUCCAAAGAACAGAAUAAGUCUUUGGAACUCCAGAAAACUAUAGAUGCUGAGAAGAGCCGCAGUUUAGAGCUUUCAAGCUCUUUGAACCACGAGCGUGUUUUAACAGAACAGUUGAGCAUGAGAAUAAACGACUCUUGUCAGCACAAAGAUUCAUUGCAAAAGCUGCAAGCUCAGUUGUCUAUCGAGCGGUCCCAUGCCAGGGAACUGGCAGCCAUAAUUGAGAAGACACAACAGCAAACUCUUGAGUCCAAGAAACAGAUGGACAAAAGGCAACUGUGCAAAGAACCUGAGAGAGAACACGACCUCUUCAGCAGUCUCCAGAUUACACAGGCAUCGCUGCAAGCUCAGAAGCAGGACAUUAUCCGUGCCUUGGAGACAGAGAGGGGAAAAGAGGCCCAAAGGAGGAGGGAAUGGGAACAGCUGCAGGCAGUCCUCCGAUCCCUCAGGGGUCCAGAGAACGCGGCAGAACAAGAGGCCAGGGAAGCAAAGCAAGAGCAGCAGUGGAGGGUGCUGGACAGGCUGAAGGAACUGCAGGAAGCUCAAGAAAGUCAGCUGGAAUUACAGCAGUGGCACAACACUGGAAGAAUUGAGGAACUGCAGCACAUGCUGGAAGAGCUGAAGGAGCAGGAACGAUACCUUCUUGUUCAUAAAAAUCAGCACAAACUUCCUUCAUGUCCUUCAAAAAAUUGUGCCACCAACUCAGCACUGCUGCUAAUGGAACAGCAGAAACUAGAAAACAUCAGAGGACAGUUGCUCGUUGCUGCCACCUUCCUCUCGGAGUUUGCAUAUAAAAAUAUGGACAAAACACUUCUCUGGCCUGCUCCGGAGGACGAAGCUGUUUCAGCCUUGUUGCGUACACUUGAGGACCUGAAAGCAGAAUUACUGACUUCUUCCAGACCUCUGGUCACAUCUACAUCUAUUAUGAAUUCUAUUCAAGACUUGGAAAGAGUUGCAUGGCCACCAGAAAGAGCUGUUUCUCAGAACAGCGUGAAAGCAUCAGAAUAUGAAAUAACAAAAACUAUUUCUGUGUCUGAAAAUAAGUCAACCGCGGGUUCUUCCAACCUAAAGCUUCAGAAGUUAUACAGGAAAUAUUUGCGAGCUGAAAGCUUUAGGAAAGCUCUCAUUUAUCAGAAAAAAUACCUUCUGCUUCUCCUGGGUGGAUUCCAAGAAUGUGAGCAAGCAACGUUAUCCCUCAUAGCACGUAUGGGCAUCUUCCCCUCCCCUCCAGACCUGCAGGUCUCUGAAUCACGGAGCCGUCCUUUUACGAAGUUCAGAUCUGUCGUUAGAGUGGUCAUUGCAAUUUCAAGGUUGAAGUUUCUGGUGAAAAAAUGGCAUAAGGUCAGUAGGAAGGAGUUGGUAUCGGAAACCUAUUUGCAUAGGAUGGGACACAACACAUAUCCCAAAGGCAAAGCAGAGGCCCUCGAGCAACGGCAGCUUUUCCCGGGUGAUGAUAUGGAGCCUCCUGGAACUCGAGACACUGGAUGCGGCAACAGGAACGGCCUCGUGAGAACUGGGAACGGCUCUCCUAAAACACCACCUCAAAUGAAUGUCCAGUUCACUCGCUGCUGUUCUCAAGCCUCAUCUAAGGAUCCUGAACAUUCAUUAGCUGAAUACAUUUCUCAUUUGGAGGCCAUUCAACAAAGGCUAGGAAUGCUCCUGCCAGAACCAGAGAGGCUGUAAGUGUGUCCCGAGUCCGCCCUGGGUCUUCCUGGAACUGCAGACACUUGAGGCCGCUCCUUUCUCUGCCAGCGAGUGACCGACUCACACCAUCCUCGCGCCUGAAAGCACAGUUGAAUAAAAUGUUCUGAAUAUCUGUGUGAUAGUUUUGCAUCAGAGUUUUAACAAAUGUUUUCUAUACCUAAAUGUUUUUAUACUUCGGGAGUAGUGACUGCUCUGUUCAAAAGCAGUGCUUCAAAAUUUUAUUUGAAAUAACAAGGGGAUAACUUAAGACAAGCCUGUCUUGCUGUCUCAUAAAUGUCCACUUAUUUUUUCACCGAAUAAUUCAUUUUCUUUUUACUAAAGAAUUCAUAAACAGUUAUUAAAAGACUUGUAAAAUUUUA